GCGCGCGGCAGACGGUCUUCGCGCGCCGAGCUCUACGGUCGUGAUUCGACUCUGGCGAUCGACUUGUUCUCUUUUUAUCUCUUAGUGUGCUCCAUAACUCUAAAUAAUAAAUAAUUCCUCGUCAUUAUCAUUCUCGUUAUCAUAAUAUCAUUAUCAUUAUUAUUAUCGCCGUCAUUAUAUAUAUUUUUUUUUAUUAUUAAUAAUAAAUAUCGUCAGAAGAGAAAUAUUAAAACGUAAUCGUUCGUGCGUCGUAGAUAUAAGGGAAGAAGAUUAUAUAUAUAUAUACAUAUAUAUAUUAUAAACAUUAUAUGUAUAUAUAUUAUAUAUAUAUAUGUAAUAAUAAUAUCGUCGUUCGCGCCUCGGUUUUGUUACGACGAAUUUUGUGUGAUCGAUCGAACAUAAACAAACAAGUUUUUUACGACCUCGUCCUUCACCUCUGAUCAACGAAAAUUUUCUACGGCUGUUGGAACAUAGAAAAUAUACGUUUGUUGUUAAUCUUCACGGACAUAAAAGAAAAAGAGAAGGAAGAAGAAGAAGAAGAAGAAGAAGUAACAGUAGUAGAAGAAGAGAAAGAAGAGAAAUAAGAAGAAGGAGAGGAAGGAAGAAGAGGAGGAAGAAGAAGAAAAAAAACAGUGAGAGUUUGGUGAUGUGCGCGAAAUCAACGAAACCAGCAGCAUUCACGAUGUCGUCGUUCCUCUGGAUCUUCGCCCUGCUUUAUCCAUCGAUCAUUCAAGGUAACAAAACGUUCUCGAUUCAGCGUGUUAAUCUAAUAGAAGGAAACGACGGGAUGAUUAUUUCAGCAACAAGACCGCCAAUAGUCGACAUCGAACCAAAGGGCCAAGCGGUAGUACGUUUGGGUGAUAGUCUAAGGAUCAUGUGUACGAUGGGUUCGCCAUUGCAAAUCUGUCGCGUUGAGAUACACGGUGAAAGCAGCAUGAUUCUCAGGCCGAAUCAAUCAUCGGACGAUGGUAUCGAGUAUUAUGGGGAGGGUACUAAUAAAGGUCAAUGCGGUGUGCACAUCUUUAAAGUGAAGGAGCAACACAAUGGAAUCUUCAGGUGUGCUUUAACACCGGAAGAUCGUCGUGUAGAGAGCAACGCCAGCGUUAACAUAGUCGUUGCUAAACCACCAAACAAUCCAGAACUACAUACGAGUCUAGGACACUAUGGUAGAUACGAAUAUCAAAAAGGACAAAAAUUGGAGAUCAGCUGUAGUGCCUCUGGUGGACGACCAGCUGCGAACGUAUCUCUAUAUCUUGACGACGAACCACUUGGCAAUGACGAGAGACCAAUCAUCUAUGAAGACCCGAGCAUGAACGAAGUAUCUAUGGCAGUACAAAAUGCUUCACGUAGCUUGGAUUGGACCGAUAACAGCAAGACUUUAAGAUGCAUAGCCAAUCAUAUCGCUUUGGAUAAACCAAAAGAGAGUAAAAUGCAGCUUCAAGUUUACUAUCCGCCACAACCACAACCGGUCAUCGAACAUUUUGGAUACGUAAUCGGCCAAAAGGGUACAGUAAACGUAACAGUUUACGCUAAUCCAAGGCCACGUUUCUUAUGGCGAGUAAAUGGCGAGAAAAUCGAAGAAGGCCGUCCAGAUGAAAGCAAUCGUCUUGAAACAUCCACUGCCGUAGAGUUGGGUAACGGCGCGUGGCUCGUAGUAUUAACUAUCGAUAGCGUUCAAAAGUCCGACACACAGAAGGAAUACAUCUUGGAAGCUCACAACAAGGAAGGAGCUUACGAAUACCGUAUCGUUUUGUCAACGUCCCCAGAACCAGCAGGAGCGUUCAGUCACUUCUAUGGUAAGCUCUCCGAACACAUGCACGCACUAGCGGAAAAAGUCACCGAUUACGUGGAACUUGUAAAGCAACGUUUUUCCGUUGAGUCCAACUUGAACAGUGUCGAUCUCGAUGCUGGAUCAAUCAUCGGUAUCGUCGUUGGUGCUUUGGUACUGAUUCUCAUCGUGUUCCUGGUGAUUUUCGCUCGAGCAACCGGUCGCUGGUGCUUCGCAGCGAGGCGGCGUGGCGACGAGGAAGCUGCCGGUGGUAUCAGCGCCGGAAGUGAGGCACACAUAACGCCUGCUGAUGACGAGGAAGAAGACGAAGAAGACCCAAGGAUCAUCGAUGAAAAAAUACCACAAGGUGGCCAGGAAAACCCGAUCCAUGCGAGCACCGAGUACGUCAAUGGCCGUACUAACGAUUUUAAGGAUACGAAAAAGGACGAGAAGACGGAUACACCUGUCUAAUGAUAUUUCUAAUAAUCUCGAUAAAGCGAUGACCUUUCAAACAUUCCCUCGAUCGCCGGAUGCUACAUCCUAAUACAUGUACACGAACAUAUACACGGACACACACACAUACAUACAUACAUACAUCUCUUCCCCUCUACCUCUUCGCCUCUUCCUCUUAUUCUCACUUCCUCCCUCGACCCCUUUUAUUAUUAAGCUCUACCAUCAUCCCCCAUCUUUAACCUCCUCCAUCUUUUCUCUCUCCCCCCCUUUUUUUUUGUUUUUUUUUUCGACGACGAGGAUAAGAUCUUUUUUUUUUCCUCUCGUUGUUUUUUUUUCUCUCUUUUUUUUUUCUUUUUUUUUUUCCUUUUUUUUUUCUACCCCUUGGAGAAGCUUUCUUUCACGACGAUAAUAAUUAUUAGAAGACAAAACGGACCUAGCAAUUUGUAUUAUGUAUAUUGAUUGUACACUUAAAUGUCGAAAAAAGUCGAACGAGACUUUGCUCUCUCUAUGCAGUUUGCUCUCUAUUCAUGUUUCUUGCUUUUUUUUUUUGCGUUGCUUUCUUUCUUUCUUUCUAUCUUUCUUUCUUUUUUUUCGUUAUUCUAUGAUAAAUCAAGACUGGUGACUAAUGACAGGCAUUUUUUUGGCCUAUUCACUUUUGAAAAUUAUUAUUCGUAGCUCUUGGAUAAACAUAUAUGUAGGAUGAGGGUUUAUCUAUUUGUAUUAUUCUAAUGCCGAGCAGCAGCCUCAAUUUUUACAACAUUUUUCUAUGUGAUCUUUGAAAAAACAAAAGAAAGAAAAAAAAAUGAAUAAAAAGAAAAAGAAAAAAAUAUAUACAUAGAAUAUAUACAUUUUAUCGAUAGUUCGACGUAAAACAAUAGACUUUUGACGCUCAUUUCUUUCGUAAUAUUAAUUCCUGAUAUUCUAAUGAUCACGAUGUAUCGUCGAGAAAAAUAUUUCAGAUUAGAAUUCUUUGAAAGCUAAGAUGAGCGAAGAAAACACGUUCGACUUUUUAAAUUGCAUUUUCUAUGCUAUCAUUAUUUCUAAGUAAAUAUAUUAUCAAUACGAUCUUUUUCUCCGAAGGAGAACUACCGGAUAAUAACGAUAACAAAGAAACAAAAUUUUCCAUAAUUAUAGAUUGUUUUGCAAUAAAGAAUUUGUCCUUCAGAAAGAGAGAGAGAGAGAGAGAGAGAGAGAAAGGGAGAGGAAACAAGAAAAAGAGAAGAGAGAGAGAGAGAAAGAGAGAGAAAUAUUCGCCGGCGACAGCUCUGAUUAAUUCUACGUGUGUUGUAUAUAUUAAACAUACAUAUAUAUAUAUAUAUAUAUAAAUAUAUAUAUACAUAUAUUAUAAAUAAUUACAAUAUGAAACAUUAAAAUAAUAGCGAUUGAAUAUAUAUAUAUGUGUGUGUGCGUGUGUGUGUAUAUAUAUAUAUAUAUAUAUAUAUAUAUAUAUAUAUAUUUCUGCGUCGAGGCACUUGGCAUGCAACUCGAAAAUGUAAAACUGAUACUUAUUUAUCCAUUUGCAAUCCAACUGCCGAAAACACAGGUCGUUAUUCCAUAAAUUUGAGAAAAAAAAAAUUAUUGGUCAGAGUAUUAUAAUGAUAAGGUUUACUUAAAGAUAAAAAAUGUAACAAAAAAAGAAAAAAAAAAAAAAAGAAAAGAAAAUAGAAAAAAUAACGAAAGAGAAUGAAUGAGCGAAAGAUUAAGAUGACAAAAAGAAGUAAAAAGAAAAAAAAAAAGAAAGAAAAGAUAGAAGAAAGAUGGAAAGAAAGUUGAUGAUAAUGAUGAUGACGACGACGAUCGAAGUCGUGAAAAGUGGACGCAUUUUUUUCGUGACGUUUGAUCAUAGAAAAAAAAACUACUUUGACAAAAAGUACUGUCUACGGAUCGAAGUUGGAAAAAUGACGAUGAUGAUGAAAAAAAAAAAUAAAAAGAAGAAAAAAAAAACAAGUAAGAUUAAAUACAUUCAUAGGUACGUCGGAUAUAUGUUGCCAAUAGGUACUUCGUAUCGUGUUUGCGAUGUCAAAACGUUGUUUGAGCCAUUACAGAGGCUGAAGCUCUCACACUUUUUCUGGAUAUAUCACAAUUUUAUUAGUUUAAUAUCUAUAGAUAAUAAUAUCUCUUGGAAAUAUAUGUAUUAUAUAUAUAUAUAUAUAUAUAUAUAUAUAUAUAUAUAUAUAUAUAUAUACAUAUAUAUACAUAUGAAACACAUCACAGUCACUCAUCUACUUUCGACGACGCAUAUCUAAUAAGAUAUUUAUUUAAAAAAAUUGAAGUACGAGCGAGAAGAUGAGAGAAUGGAAUAAAAAAAAAAAAAGAAAAUGAAAAUGAGAGAGGCAGAAUGAAUGCAAAUAAACGUGAAAAAGAUUUUUCUGUCCACGGUUAACAUGAAUGAACGAACGAACAAACGAACGAACGAACGAAUGAAAAUAAUGUCAAUGUUUUUUUUCUCUUCUCCUCUCCUUUCUUCUUCUCUCCUCGCAGAUCUUCUUUAAAAAAAAAAAAAAAAAAGAAAAAGAAAAAGAAAAAGAAAAAUGUGUGGACACUGAUAUAAUGCAAUUGAUUCGAUAAAAAGUUCAUUUCAUUCAUAACAAUUCAUUCUUUUUAUCAUUAUUUACUCGUUGAAGUGGAUGCGUGACGAAACUUAUAAGACUAAAAUAAAAAAUCAGUUCAAACAGGUCCAACUACGCAGUAAUGAUUUUCACAGAUCACUGCCAAAGUAUAUACAUUGAAAAGAGGAAGAAGAAAAAAAAUUUAAGAUAUAUACAUACAUACAUACAUACAUACAUACAUACAUAUAUAUAUAUAUAUAUAUAUAUAUAUAUAUAUAUAUAUACAGAAUUUACCGGAAUAAUAAAAAUAAUUGAAAAGAAAAAAAAAAGAACUAAAAUAAAACUAUACACAUGCCAUUUAAAUCAUUAAAAAAAAAAAAAGAAAAAGAAAAAAAAGAAAACUAUGACUUUUUUCUGCUAUCCCUAAGAUGAUCGUGAUCUUUGAUAGAUAGAUCGCCGACUCGAUUUUGAUCUGAUUUUGAUCUGAUUAGAAAUUAACGCUAAUACUAUUAAGGAAUUUUAAGAUUAACGAUUUAAUCAAAUGAAAAUAAUUGUAACUAUUUAAUAAAUCGAAAUGAUAUUUGACAAAACGAUCUUGCAAAUAUAAAUUAAAAAGAGAUGAUAAGCCAUUCUCCGUGUAAUGAUAUUAUCAGGGGACAGUGAAAAUGUUCAUGGUUGUUUAGAGAAAAAAAAAAAAGAAAUAAGAAAAAAGGAAAAAAAAAAAAGAUUUGUUCUCACCGUACAAUGUUCGACCUAUUCUCAGCUUGUUGUAGCAACUGAAAUUACCUAAAAAGUACGAAGAUACGCUUAUGGAUUAACGUAAAAAUGGAAUAUUUGCGUAAAAAUGGAAUAUGUUUAAUGUGUACAUUCUUUGUGGUUCAUUUAUAGUUCUAGCGACAACUUACUAUUACUUAUUAACUUGUAAUUCAUUUUUACUCUCCAUAAAAUAUUAUUAUUAUUAUUAUUAUUAUUAUUAUUAUUAUUAUUAUUAUAUUUUAAUAUUAUUAUAUAUUAUUAUUAGUAUUAUUAUUAUCAUUAUUAUUAUUAUAAUUAUUAUUGAUAUUAUUAUUAUUAUUAUUAUUAAUAUUAUUAUUAUUAUUCUCAUUAGUAUUAUUAUUGUUAUUAUUAUUAUUAUUAUUAUUAUUAUUAUUGUAAUUAUUAUUACUCGUAAUACUAAUUACUUAAAUUCUCUCAAUAAUCAUGCUACGAGGACAAGGACUGUAUAGACUGUAUACUUUUUGUAUACUUUGUACUUUUGAUAUUAACAAAUUCGCGUCAAUUCGUUUCUAAUAUCGCUCUCUUUCUCUCUUUCUCUUUCUCUCUCUCUCUCUCUCUCUCUCUCUCUCUCUCUCUCUCUUUCUAUCUACCUCUCUCUCUUUCUUUCUAUCUAUCCAUCUAUCUAUCUACCUAUUUAUCUAUCUAUCUAUUUAUCUAUCUAUCUAUCUAUCUAUCUAUCUAUCUAUCUAUCUAUCUGUGUUUUCUAUCGCAAAAAAAGAAAAAAAGACAUACUCGAUGCUCGCAGUUCUAGACAUGAAUUAAUAUGAAAAAAAUUUGUGAAACGUAUUAUAAACAGAUUAUUACUAUAAUGACUAUAAAAAGCAUGAUCGUUGGCCAUACAAUGGAAUAUAUAUAGAUAUAUUAUAUAUAUAUUUAUGUUAAUAUAUAAGAUUCUAGGUAAUAAAAUAAAAAAUAAAAAAAUUAAAAAAAAUUAAAAAUAGAAAAAUACAAAGAAGUAAAAACGGCGACGACGACGAUGACGACGACGAUAAGGACGAUAAUGAUGAUGAUGAUGAUAAAUACCUGAUACUGGUGUUCUCUGAAACAUUUUAAAGGAGAUCCGAGAUUCGUGAACGAAUGCUUUUACUAAGAGCGUCGUAAAAAUUAAUUUUCGUAUCAAUAUAAAAUCAAUAAAAAGAUCCGAAAGAAAAAAAUCCCGAUAUAUGAGUAUGACUAAAGUGUUCGGGGAUCGAGUCAAUUGUUGACAAAAUCAAAUUAAUUUCGUAAUUUACUAUUAUUAUAUUCCUUUUGAAUAUGGAUUUAAGAAAAAGAAACGAAUAAAAGGAUAUAAAAAGAAAAAACAAUGAAUAAAAAUGCUCGAUCAUUCCGUAAAGAGGGCCCAAAAAAUUAUGUAAAACGGCAUUUAAGAGACACACCUUAAAAAAAAAAAAGGAGAAGGAAUACUUUCAGAGAUCGCUAAUUUAUCUCUUUAAAAGUAUAAUAAUAAAAUAAUAAUAAUAAUAAUAAUAAUAAUAAUAAUAAUAAUAAUAAAUAAUAAUAAAAUAAUAAUAAAAUAAUAAUAAUAAUAAAAUAAUAAUAUAAUAUAAUAUAAUAAUAAUAAUUAAUAAAAGAGAAAAAAAUUAACAAAAAGAAAAAAAGAAUAAAUAAAAUAAAAAAGUUUUAAUGUUAUAUCGUGGUCGAUUAAACGAUAAGAGGUCAACAAAUAUACAUACACACAAAUACACACACACACACACAAAUAGAAAAACACACCAACGCAUACGAACUAAGAAGACCAUAUAUAAUGACGGAAAUUUAGAUUGUAAGAACACACAUUUUGUAUCUGUAAUUGUAGAUACAAUGCAAGAGAGAGUAGGCAAGAGUAAAUAAAUCUAACUAAGAAUUCAAA